AUUCUUUGCCUAGGCGUGGGCUCAAACCUUGUGUCAGCAUCGAUCUGUCGUCUCCAAGCAUGUCAGAUUGCACGUAUGACCCGAUUGAACCGACGUAAAACGCGUCAAGACACGGAGUUAGGUAUUGGAAGGCCUCCAUGUAGACUAUCAGCGAUGGCACUAGUCGGGUGUACAUGAUGGAGGGUAUAAGCCAUACACAUCAUACCACGAAGGCCAUUCUCUCCCAGUCAAUAGAUCGUAUGACCCGAACGUAACAUGCAUGGUAAUGAUUCCUCCUCGGCAAUAACAAGCAGCGAUGUCGGUUUCACACUUUCCGAAAGUCCGGAUGUACAGUAUGUAAAGAUAUGUCAGAUACUUGGCAUUCAAUAUCAGAUGAUGAAGAAUCAUUGUCGAAGAAGGUAUAGUUGCGAGGUCCAAGCGAAUGAAUGUCCGCUGGCCCCACACCUUUCGCAUGUUCGCGAUUUGCACCUCGUAGGAUCGGUGACGAAUUUGCAUCAAGUGCGCUUAUUGAGUACCUCAAGCGCUAGGCAGAAACUUGGAGGUCUGAGUCAAAGCCGGGGUUGCAGAAUUCAGUGCUCCCUUCAGCGUCCACACUUGAUUGUAAGGUUGUGUCAGGAUGGAAGUGAAGCGAUCUUGAGGAUGCAGAUAAACACUCCGAAACAAGUUUUGCGGCUCUGGAACCCUAUCUCGUUGCGAAGUAAUGUCGAACCUUCAGGUUUGAGGCACCGUGGCAUGAUGCCUUCUCGUCAAGUUUUUGUCACAUUGAGCCACAGGUGUGUCAGCCCGGGACUGGCCGGAUGCCAGCAAAACACAUGGAAAUCGGAGCUUGAUCAUCUUGCGGUCUGCGCGUGGGAUUAUAUCCGCCUCUAGCGUGCAUUGCCAAGAGAAAACAAAGCUUGAGUGGAUUAGAGACAUGGCGCAGGUGACUAUGGUUGAUGUAAGCACCAAUGAUGUCUUUUGCGAGUGUGUAGUUCGGACAAAGCCUGGAGAUAGCGGUGAUUGAAUUUUUGCAAAAUCGCGAAGGAAAACUGGGAUCUGACAGGCGCGCGGUCUUAGCUUCCGACACUCCCUAGGGCAGGGUGGUGAAGAUCGCAUGUG